UGUUUGUGGGAGAGAGACACACAGACUAUCUACAAAACUAAACUCUCUCUACAAUUUUUUAUUCAACCCACUUUCUCUCUGACUGAUAUUUGUAUGGCCGCUAAUUUGCAGCGCAAUCGUGGACUUGCGAAUUUGGGGAAACGAUUAGCUCGCCACAUCCGCUCUCGCGAUUCACUCGCCAUUUCUCUGCUCCAUAGCAGGAGUGUGCAAGCUUCAGCCUACGAAAAGAACCCGGAGGAGAAUGUGAACUCGACUCUGGUCCCAGACCACGUGAUCCCACCUCAGUUGGACGUGUACUGGGCUCCUCACCCGAAGACAGGGGUGUUCGGGCCUGCAACGGAUGAGAACCCUGGGGCUGAAGGAAGCACUGACGGGGGCUCGGUGUUGGAGGAGAAGGCGUUCUUCCGCCCUCUCGAGGACUUGGAAAAGCCUCCGAUCCAGCCUUGAGUCGCGUAACUAGGUUUUAUCUGCAUCUGUAAUGAAUAAUAAACCUGUAUGUUUGUACCCUAAAGUGCAGAAUAUGAUACUGCUAUGUUGCGAGAAUGGGUUUAAGUUUUUGAUAAUGAUGGGAACAGUUUGGAUGCUGCGAUA